ACAAGAUGGAGUGGAACUCAAAAAUAGUUAAAUUCUUUUUAUAUGUAAUCAUCACCUUUAUCUUAUCAACCGUAUUAACUACUAAAAUAAUGGCUGAGGACUACCUUGAAUAUACAAGAGAUAUCAUCCUUGCAAAUUAUCGGGCUGGAGUAGCAGUCUACUUUGCUGUAGCAGUGGCCAUUACAGUCACAGGAGUUCCAUUUGGGUUCCUUGAUAUGAUCAAUGUCUAUAUUUUCCCUUUUCCACUUUCUGUGAUUAUUAUGUUUACAGAGAAAACAAUUGGAAGUGCUAUUACUUACAAGCUAGCAUCUUCUUUGACUGAGAAUUCUAAAAAGGAAUAUCUUAAAGUGGAUCUAAUCAAGAGAGUCAACACUGUUAUCAAAAAUAGCCCUGUAUUUUAUGGAACAAUGAUAAGGCUAUCGGCCAUUCCUGCUGCUGUGAAGAAUUAUGGACUGGCUUCUCUAGAAAUUUCAUUUACAGAUUUUAUGACUGCUUCGUUCGUUGGAAGUUUAAUUACAAUUCCAAUCAAAACUUAUAUAAAUUAUCAGCUAAUUGAUAUAUAUGAACAAAUGAAGAAGGGAGAUGUUAAUCUCCCCACAGGCAACCUAUUCUUAGCAAUUGUUGCAUUACUUUCAAUGGGAAUAACUGUGAGGAAGAUCAUUAAAACUAACACUCAUGAUCAAAUUGAAGUCAAGAAAAAUCAAUAAGCGCACAUUUUUAAUUUCAAUCUAUCAUA